UGCUUUCCGGAAUGUUUUAUUCUCCCAUUACCAUCCAGUUUGCAAACAUAAUUGGUCACCGCGUUUAGCACAGUUUCUUACAUUUGGGGCCAUGUGUGUUGAUCUUUCUAGUGGGCAGUGGCCAAACUUUGGUGGCAGUGAAGUCAAACUGCACUUUAAUUUUUGUUAUUAUUGUUGUGUUAAUUAAGCAAACAAAGGUGACGAGGAAGCACCGGAAGGAAGCCACCAAAAGCACCGAUUGCCAAUCGGAUUUGUUCUCUUAUCUAACCUGUUCUGGGUGAUGGUGCAUCUGGUUUUGGAUUUUCGCUGGGACUGAAGUUUCCUGGCACCUUCGUUUCCGAGAGUUGUUGUAUGUCGUUUUCAUUCCGUGGUGUAAAUAAACAAUUAAACAAGUUUAUUUACAAGACGGACUGAAGUGGAGCUACCGAAUGCACUAUCAGCGCCUAUCUACCAACCAUCCAGCUAAACUACAUCUCCUACUACCUUCUGCAGCUUUGCAUCCUGAACUCGAAAAGGCCUCUGGUUUUCAAGGGCGCAAUGCAUCCUAGUGCCUUGUUCAGGAAUGGAACAGGAAAAGGCAGCUGAUCCAAGCUUAAAUUCAAGUGAUGAGGACCACGUGGUAAGCAGUUGCCGCUUCUCUGGCCUUCGGAAGAGAGAAUUGGCAAGGGAACCUUUGAAAGAUGACUGGAGUGGAGGCAGCUUUAGCAUCUGGACUAUUGAAUGUUGCAGGGAACAAACUAGGUUCACUUAUAUCCAGUGAGUUUGCGGCCAUAACGGGUGUGAAAAAAGAUCUAUUAGACCUUCAAGAUAUACAUAUAGAAGUUACGAGCUGGCUAUCUGCGGUUGGUGACAGAGCUAUAGAGAGAGACCCAUCACUUCGAUGGGUGAUGAAGUUGAGAAAUCUUGCAAAUGAUAUUUAUUAUUUACUUGAUGAAGUAUGCCUAGAAGAUGAGAAACACAAGAUACAUAAUGACCGUAAAAGGCAUGUUUUUUCUGACUUGUUUGCAAAGCCAAAGCUGCUUAUGUUCCGGGGGAAGGUGUCCCAUAAGAUCAAAGCAAUCAAGGUGACAUUUGAUGCAAUUGUGAAACAAAGAAGCAAUGCCAAUACUAUACUACACAGUUUUCAAGUGGACCAACCAAUUCAUCAUAGAAAUGGCAAGGCAACCGGGGAGCAGUCUCUGUUGAGUAAUGCUCAGGAGUCAACAAUACCAUCAAGGGAUCAUUUGAAGACUGAAAUCAUUUCCAAGCUUCUAGAAUAUAACAAUGGAGAAGAUGGUCAUAUAAUUUCUAUUGUUGGGCUUGGUGGAUCUGGCAAAACUACUUUGGCCCGACACAUCUGCCAUGAUGACAAGAUAAAGCAGCACUUCAAAGAUUCAGUAUUUUGGGUCCAUGUAUCUCAAGAGUUUUGUGGUGAAAAACUUAUUGCCAAGCUAUUCGAAGCUAUUAUUGAGCAAAAGUCAGAUCUACAUGCCCAACAACACAUGCUUCAUGCAAUUUCAAACAAAUUGAGUGGUAAGAAGUUUCUGCUUGUCUUGGAUGAUGCUUGGCAUGAGGACAGGCAUGACUGGGAAAAUUUCACGGUGCAUGUAAACAAUGGUGCUUCAGGAAGCAAGAUUCUUUUAACUACACGUAAUGAAAAUGUUGCAAAAGCAGUGGAAUCUAAGCUUGUAUUCAACUUGCCAUUCUUAUCCGAGGACGAGAGCUGGAGCUUCUUUCUAAAGAGUUCUGGUUGGAAAGAGGAGGAUUUAGACUCUGACUUUAUUACGGCUGGAAAAGAUAUCAUCAAAAAAUGUGGUGGUGUUCCACUAGCAAUAAAAACUCUUGGAUCUGUUCUCCAAGAAAAGAGAAGAAUAAAUACAUGGAGGGCAAUUAAAGAGAGUAAUUUAUGGGAUGAAGAGCAUAUAGAAGGUCGUGUAUUUGUAUCCUUGAAACUGAGCUACGUUCACUUGAAAGAUCAUCUGAAGCUCUGUUUUACAUUUUGUUCUAUAUUCCCCAAGGGCUAUAGAAUUAACAAAGACUACUUGAUUGAACAAUGGAUAGCCCAUGGUUUUGUCAAGUGGAAGAAAGAGGAGCAGCCAGAGGAUAUUGGAAGUGACUACUUUAAUUCUCUUGUGAAAGGCGGCUUUCUUCAGUUGGCACCUGAAACAGAGCCUAAUGAAAUAAGAAGAGAAUGCUGGAUGCACGACCUGAUUAAUGAUCUUGCUCAAUAUAUUUUACAGAAUGAAGCGGUAACAUCUCUAUCCGAGAACAUAACCAAGGAUUGUGCACGCCAAUGCAGGUAUUUAUCUUUGACAUCAUUGAAUGAGGAUGUUGAAAGGGGCUUUGAGAAGCUACGUGCUCUAUAUGUGGCUGAACGCAACCAAUCAUUUCGUAACCUUGUUAAGAAGAGUGGGCAUAUCCGCAGUGUUGUCCUAGACUAUAAAUUUGAUACUCCUUUUCCAUCAUUCAUAUUAAGGCUUCAAUAUCUUGGAUAUCUUGAAAUCCACCAUGCUAGUUUCACCAAAUUUCCAGAAGCUAUCUCAGAUUGUUGGAAUUUGCAGUCACUUCAUUUUAUUCAGUGUAAUGGCUUUGUGACAUUGCCUGAGUCAAUUGGGAAGCUUCGGAAGCUAAAAAUUCUGGAACUAAAGUGGAUUACGGAUCUUGAGAGUUUGCCUCAGUGCAUUGGCAAUUGUGGAGAUCUUCAGUCCUUGAUACUAAUUUGGUGUAUGAAGCUCAGUGAGAUACCACUCUCCAUAAGUAAAAUUCAAAAUUUAAGGGGCCUUCAUAUAGUUGAUUGUAAUUCUCUUGAACAACAUAACUUCAAAUCCAUUGGGGAAUUCAGCAACCUACAGACAAUCAACUUAUCUGGGUGUACGCAAUUCCAGGCCCUGCCAAGCAAUUCUUUAUGUCAUAUGUUGCAUACUCUUGAUCUUUCCUCUACCAACAUUACCAUGCUACCUCAAUGGGUUACUACGACUAGCACUCUUGAAUGUAUAGACCUUGAAAACUGCAGGAAUUUAUUGGAGUUGCCAAAAGGUAUAUGUAACUUAAAAAGACUGACAGUUUUGAAUUUAAAGGGCUGUAUAAAACUUCAUACCAUGCCAUCAGGGUUGGGACAACUUACUUGUUUAAGAAAACUUGGCUUGUUUGUUGUUGGGUGUGGUGAAGAUGAUGCAAGUAUCUCCGAGCUUCAAAAUCUAGAUAAGCUAAGUGGCCACCUGGAAAUUAGAAAUCUCAAGUAUUUGAAGGAUCCAGCAGACGCAGGGAAACCUUAUUUGAAACAUAUGAGUAGCAUACAGAGUAUGGUGUUGGACUGGUCUUUGGGUGAAACUGAAGAAGAGUUAUUAUGUGACAUGGAGCAAGUUUGGACUGACAUGGAACCACCAUCACAAAUUAAGGACAUGAAAAUAAAUGGCUACCAAGGUUCCUAUUUGCCACGGUGGAUGAUGGCACAAAAUAAUUCUUCUUUUUCUAAAGCCAUAUUGUUGAAGCAAACAGGACCAUGUCAGUUCCUUUCUCUAACUGAACUCAGAGUAGAAAACUGUCCAAACUUGAAGCAGAUGUUCGGACUUUGUCAGUUGCCUUCCCUGAAGUCCCUCUUCCUUCUUCAAAUGGCUAAUUUAGAAGAGCUGUGGACCAUAACAAGUGAUUUUGAAAAUUCUGAGAAAGAAAUAGUACGUGGGCAAUGCUGCUACCCUUCUCUGUCCAAUAUAUCCAUAUCAGGCUGCCCGAGGUUGAAAGUGAAGCCAUAUUUCCCACCGUCACUGAAGAAGCUGGAUUUAUGUAAAACAAACAUGCACCUGCUAUCCCCAGCUAGUUUCUCAGAAAUGCUUCCUCCACCAAUUGAUGAAUCCUCGUCGUCCUACACCAUGCGCUCAGCAGUCUCUCACCUCAAGAAUCUGAUUCUAUCAGAUAUGAUUAUGGGAUCAUCGUCUGGCUGGGAAUCCCUGCAGCACCACACUGAACUAGAGACCUUGUGUAUCUUCGGAUGCAAUGAAAUGACACAGUUACCUGAGAGCAUUCGGAGUCUCACCAAUCUGCGGGACUUGAGAAUCAGCCGAUGCUUUAGGCUUGUCCUGCUGCCCGAUUGGCUUGGCGAACUGCGCUCAUUACAAUCACUUUAUAUCCAGAGGACCCCAAUGAUGCAAAGCCUCCCUGAAUCCAUAAAGCACCUUAGGUCCCUCGUCCUACUACAAAUCAUCGAUAAUAAUCUGAAGCAGCUACCUGACGUCAUUCAACACCUCACAUCACUUGAAUCUCUAAACUUGAUGGAUUUAAGUGCUCUGACAGAGCUGCCAGAGUGGAUUGGACAACUCUCUGCUCUCCGGCGGCUUUCGAUCCAGCAUUGCCCCUCUCUUGAAUGCCUGCCUCAAUCCAUACAACGUCUUACUGCUCUCCAGUAUUUGAACAUUACUAACUGCCCUGGUUUGGAAAGACGUUACAAGCGAGGAGUGGGGCCUGACUGGCGUCUUAUCUCUCACAUUCUGCAUGUGACAAUAUGGUGAUUCACAUAUCAUCGAUCUCCAGUCAUGAUUUAUUCUCACAGAGAUAUAAAAUUCAGCCUCGCACACUUAGGUACAAGAACAUUUUCCUCAACUUCUCGUAUAGCUGCAGUGGUAUAAUAUAUCUAUGUUUUAUAUAUAUGGGCAAUAAUGAGCCACAUUUGCUCCCAUCAUGUUAUGUUGUGGUUUAUAUAAGCGGUGAUCAAGCUUCUUUUAUCGAGUGAACAAAAAUAUAUGUUCCAAUUUGAUCACCUGAACUAUUGGAGAAGGAUAUGCAACUUUAUUUAGCUUGCAUAUGUGUUUCAUGUUUGGUCCAAUUGUUGGUUGUGUUUAUAAACCUACUAUGUCUUGUUUUGAUGUAAAUUAAUUAUUAGAUGAUCAAAAAAUACUAUGGUUCUACAAAAUUCUUUUGUUUUUGAAAGCCUUGCGGUGGCCGGACGACGAAACAAAUUGAAUGACAGAAACAUACGACCAGAAGGUGCAUAGGUGCCUGAGAAUUUUCUAUUCUCAAGAUGAGACUGUGUGGCCCCUAUCUCAAGACAACCCAUGAGCGUUGGCCAAGAUUUCGUGGUCACGCUAACUGUUCUCACACAUGUUAGUUUUUAUUGGACCACGUGGCUUGUCUUGGUUCUUCCAUGUGUCAGUUUUUUUAUUGAACCAUGUGGCCUAUGCUGGUGUUGUCCCACAUGUUCUGCGUUUAUUGGGCCAUAUAGUGCUGUUUUAUUGUACCAUGUGUCAUAUAUAAGUUCUUCUA